CUCGCAUGCACCAAACAGCCACAAGAGCGCCCCGGUGUGAGGGUAGCUACGAGGCGGGGCUAAGAGCCUAGAUGUAGCAUCGUGUUACAAGCCAAUGGGUAAACUAGGAUAAAUACCCGACUAGUGGGUACCGGCUCCCAAUACCUUACUUCAGGGGCGGGAGACCGAAUCUAUGCGGAACUAAAUCUCGAGGGGUGAGACAAGGUGCUCACCUACAUUCAACAGCAGUCCCUCCGUUUGUACUGAAACAGGUCGGCCGCGCUGAGUCGUCCUCGUGUAGAACGUGUGUAUAGACAAACUGGGCACCUGGGUUUAAUCCUACGAAUGCAUGAUGGCCACGAUGAAUAUAAUCAAGGCGGUGACCGUUAGAUUGGUAUUGUUUUUGCACACUAUUGUGGCCAUCUGGAGAGUGACCGAUGUCUGGCAGAAUGACCAGUUCUGGCUACUGACACUGGCCACAGUGCCUUUCAUUAUAGAAGGAAUAUACGUGGUUGUGAAGAAAGAGGGCAUCGAGUGGAAAUGGCUCUGUCCGUGUUUCCUCUUCUUCCUGAUGAGCACGAUGCCAGCUAUUUGGCUCCUGGAGAUCAGUCGCCAAGGAACGUUCGCCACCACCAACAUCACCGCCGUCACCGACAUCGCCAUUGCAGGGGUCCGAGUCCCGAUUCGAUUAACUCCUGACACCUGGGUCUUGAUUAUUGAGGAGAGCCUGCUGUAUCUGAUGAUCCUGGGUCGAUGGCUCCUUCCCCGGGGUGAAGUCAGUCGGGAGCAACUCUCCCAGCUUCUCUUCAGCUUCCUCGCCAUCGCCUCGGAUAUCAUGGAGUUGUUCUCUCUGUUUGAUGAAGACGUCGUGAGAGGCAGCAUCGUCAUCACCUACGUGCUCCUGUCCGUGUGGACGUGGAGCAUCCUUCAGUUUACCUUAGUCUUGACCAUCUACAACCGGCCACGAAGAGCCAGAGUCGUCGAGAAAACAACGUCAAUUCUGAUAGAACAUAAAGAGGGAGUGAAGUUGGAGAUAAUCGCCAUCUUCAUCAGCAUGCUCAUGCAGGACGGUCCAUUCCUCUGCCUGCGAUUGUUCUGUAUGCUUCAGUUUCAGCUAUUCACGUAUAGCGUGGUGUUCUUCACUGCCAAGAACUUCCUUGUGAUCCUGCUGUUGGUGUACAGAUUAAGUAUACUGUGUUCUGAGAACUAUUGCAAAGGGGGAAAGAAAGGUGAUAAGUUGGAUGAGCAUGAUGAGUUGGAGAUGAAGAACGGGAAGCAUCCCCUGAAUCACACAACGUUUGUUGCCGUCAAUGAAGGUUAUCAUGGAGACAAGAAUAAUGGUGGAGCUGUGAGACAAAGGUCAAGGCCAACGUCUGAAGGAGCGAGCAGUAUUGAUAGUCUGAAUACUCUAGGAUUUCGAGUGAGUCAUCAGGGAGAAACGGAUGUCGACAAAGAGAGAUUGAGUCUUCGGGUUAGCAGUGGAGAAUCAGUUUCAAUCAGAUCGGAAGGAGAGGAAGUUGACCGUUUCCCGGAACCAAUGCAGCAAUCAUCCGGAGAGGAAACAAUUCUUAAAAAGGCAGAUUCGCUGGAAUCCUGUCAUUUGUGACAUUAGAAUGUCAGGCAUACAUUUAUCAUUUUGGUCAAAUCAUUCUAACACCAAUCGAAGCGGUUUUCAUUUUCAAACAGCAUUGUUGGAAAUCUUCGAGAAGAGAGCUGAAAAACGAUUGAAUCUGUUAUGUUCGAAGUGAAAUUCGCGACGAUGUUUUUUUUCGUUGAACUUAACAAACAGGUGAAGAUUUGAAACGGAUGCGGCCGGAUAGAGAGACAGGUGAAAACGCUCUUCUCGUUCAUCUCCCGACAAUGAAGAAACAAGGCGACCUGGUACCCAUUCCUAGUUUUGUUCCAGACGCUGCUCUGGAACCUUGUUGGAACAUAAGACGUUAUCUCUUUUAACAGAUCAUUGCUGCAUCAACUUAGAUAGUUAACGUCAAUGUUGAGUGACCUGAUCCAAUUUGGUCCCACCUUCGCCAUCCCCAAUGACCGUUUCGUGUAUU